AUGGGCAAGCGCAAGCGCAGUACACUGGCACACGUGCCUGCCAACUCAUCCGAUGCCAAGUCCGAGCACGAUCGCAUCCAGCUCGAACAGUCCAAACAGCACAUCAACUCGCUUUCGGGAGGCAAGAUCAUCAUCCCCCAGAAGAGAUGGUAUCGACAACGUGCACAUGCCAAUCCGUUUUCGGAUCACAGUCUCGAAUAUCCCACGCAGCCAAGCGAGAUGAAUUGGGGAACCAUCUAUCCGACCUACUUUGAUUCGACCACAGGUGCGCAUCGGGCAGGACACGAGACCAAGAACGUCGAAUUUGCCGAUGUGGGAUGUGGAUUCGGAGGCCUGCUUAUGCAACUGGCACCACUGUUUCCCGACACACUCAUGUUGGGAUUGGAGAUUAGGGUGCAUGUGACGCAGUAUGUGCACGAUAAGAUCGUUGCACUUCGUCUAGCUGCCCAACGCGGUCGCAUCGAAGACUCCGACCCCCAGCCCCAGCCCGAAGCUUCUUCGACCGAAGCAACGGAUGAAGACUUGGACGAGGCCACACAAAACGCCCAGCUCGUUGAAGCCGCACAUCUUGCACCUGGAUCGUACGACAACGUUGGAGUCCUCCGUGCGAAUGGCAUGAAGUUCUUGCCGAAUUUCUUCACAAAGCACCAGCUGUCCAAACUCUUCUUCCUCUUCCCCGACCCGCACUUCAAGUCGCGCAAGCACAAGGCGAGAAUCAUCAGCCCCACUCUCCUUGCUGAAUACGCCUACGUUCUGCGUCCCGGAGGCAUCGUGUACAUCAUCACAGACGUACGCGAACUCUACGAUUGGAUGGACAAACACCUAGGCCAACACCCCCUCUUCAAACGUCUCGACAAAGAUGGCCCCGAACUUAAGGAUGACCCCUGCGUAGAGGCGGUCUAUACGGCGACAGAGGAGGGCAAAAAGGUAGAGCGAAACAGAGGCGACAAGUGGUUCAGCGCCUUCCUCCGUCUGCCCGACCCAACACAGUAA